AUUUGUAGCAACGCCGUUAUUAAGGCGAAUAGUUCGGCAUCAGAGUCUGAACUUUCGACAACGCGGAAUGCAAUAGAUUCGGAAUCGGGAAUGAAAACAAAUAAAAAAUAUAUAUUUUUUAUUACAUUUUGGUGUAAACUUUUUUGGAAAUAUUUAAUUUAGUACAUAAGUAAAGUGUAAACGAUAAGCGUAAGUAAAUUGAAGCUAAACUUAGUGAGUUUUACUACACCAAUAAUAUGCUGAUACAUUGAGGAGGAGGAGUAUAUAUGUAGCAGAAACGGAAAUGGUUGAAAAUUGCUGGAAGCAAUAGAAGAGCGAGCAAAAGAAGUGGCUAGAAACUUGUACAAAGUAGGAGAGGUGCAAAGCAAUACGAUAGUAAUAGCAAUAAAAAUAAAAAUAUAUACCUGUUCGUUGUGGAGGAGGUGGAGGAUCUGCACGAGGAAGGCACCAAUCAACGAAGAAGGAAUUGAAAUUGACGCAAGCAAAAAAGGCCAUUAAUACGAAGGCAACGGGCAAGUGAACGACGAAAAGCUGGAUGUGCGCUUGCAGGAAAAUCGCGCACAAUCUGCCAGUCAAUUUGUAGGCAUAAAAUACGUUUUCUGUGCGCACGAAAGUAGUUGGAGAGGCAAAAGUGCAUAAGAUAAAUGAAUAAAAAGUUAUAAAAUUAUAAUAACACGCAAAGUCAAUUCAACGAAAAAGGAGCUAUAAAGCAAAGUGGCUGGGCAUUUGUGCGGUGCAGUAUCGUGUCGCCAUGUUUCUGUGUGUGUAAUUGGGCGUGUUCAUGUGUUUGUGCACUAGCAGUGAAUACGGGCAAAGGCAAAAGUGAAAACUUGCUUUUUUGUCAUCGUGGUUGCCAUCAUCGUGGCCGUUGUCGUUGUAGUCGUCGUCGUCGUUGUACCGUCGAUGUAUUUUCGCAUUUUUCGCGACGGCAAAACUACGAGUGUAUUUGGCAAAAUAAUCAGCCAACCAACCAAAAAGCCAGCCAGCCAGUUUUGGCCGCGGCUUUGUAUUCGGCAAUAAAAAAAUAAAGUCAAAUUCCUGGAACUCGAAUUCGCAAAGGCGCGCGCGUGUUUUUCGCACAAAAACCUUUAGAGGAUAUUUGCAAUUCAAACCCACUUGAAAAAUAAAUUGCAAGUGUUUGAAAAAUUAUAGUGCUGCUUACUGGCCAGUGAAUUGGAAACACUCCAAAGUUUUAUGUAUAUUCGCACAGAGGGGGGGCCAUUCGUGCCAGCCAUAGCAUUUGCCACCGCAACGCUAGACCACAGCGGCGGGAUUAUGUCAUUUUGUAUGUGUUUGUGUGUGUGUGCGAAAUUCCAACCAAUUAUUGAAUCGGAGUGCCAUCAAGCGCCACAAAGAUUCUAAUCUGUAAAUGAACUAUGAAAUUUCCAAUAGUGUUAAAAAAAACGUACACGAAGAUGUAGCGCAAACCAGAUAAGUGUGUAACUAACAAUUUUAAAAUCAUAGGGCAGAGAAAAUCUGCAUUUUAGAAAAUGUAUCCAGCGUAUUUGCGCCGCAAUUCUGUUGUUGGCGACGCAAUCCACUAUGAAGUACCCCACAGCACAAAAAUCAGCCAUUUGCAUUUUAGCGACGGCAUUUUAACACAAAGCCGCCGGCUAUUUGAAUAUUUUCGAAAGCAACACCAUAUUUAAAUGGCAACAUUCAAUGGUCAUAGUACUAACACUGCUGCGGAUUUGCUGGGCUCAUCGGUUGCCGUCGCUGCUGCCACAGAGCAUUUCGAACGUAGCACAGCUGCGGCCACCACCACCUUCUUAGUGCCCUCCACAGCGACGGCCAAUGGUGCGCCAUUACAUUUGGAACCUUUCAGUCUUGCAGGCGGCCCACACUUUGUCACAACAACUACAUCACCAUUGGGUGGUGCAACAUCGGCUCAACACCAUCAGCAUCAGCAUUCGCAUUCACAGCAACAGCAACAUCAUCACCAUCAUCAACAAACCAAUUCAACUUCAACCAGUUAUACAUUUGUACAAAUCAAACGCGAACCUUGCCAAGUUUCGGAAGUGACAUCCGCCAAUUGCCAUCAAACACAGCAGCAACAGCAUCAUCAUCAGCAACAUCACGUGUCUACAUCAUCGACAAGUGGCGGCGGAGGUGGGCUCGGUGUUGGUGUUGGCAUGGGCGUUGGUGUGGCCUCAUCAACGUCCAGUUGUUCUGCUUCCAUAUCAGCCGCUUCCAAGACUAUGUCCUCAUCGUCCACGCUGACAACGCUUGUAAAGAUAGAGGCUUCUUCGCCGAAGGUGAACGAAAUGGAUAAGACGUCAAAUGUGAACACACUCACCGGAGCGGCCACAAUGCCAAACACAAAUAACACAGUGCCCAUUGGUAUUGCCGUGGCGCGUAAGCGACCACAGGAAACGGCGGGCACACUCUCCAGCUCUACAGCCAUCCCGGUGCAACAGACACUUAACAAGGAUAUGAAUUGCUUUGGUAUACGCGUAGCGGAUCUGGGUAAGUUUUAUUUAUUCUUUGUCUGAGUGAAAUCCAUAUUUGUAAACAUUU